AGGAGGGGCGAGGCGCUGAUCCACCGGUGUCAUGGCUUCCUAACAGGAGGGGGAAGCGAUUCAGAGGAAAACAAGGAUUUUUGUUCAACACCGGAGCACUUUAUCGCUCUUUUCAGAACCUAAUAUUGGGACAGAGGGGUUCGGCUUCCCUUUUUUUUGACUCCCCACUUCCCAACGGCCGCCCCUGGGAUCCAGGACCCUCUUUAAUUGUAUCAGUGAAUUUCCACUCGGUAAACCGUGGAAGAUGGCCGACCCGGCGGAGUGCACCAUCAAAGUGAUGUGCCGCUUUAGGCCCCUGAACAGCUCCGAGGUGGUCAGAGGAGACAAGUACAUUCCCAAGUUUCAAGGGGAAGACAACGUUAUCAUCUCGAGCAAACCGUACAUGUUCGACAGAGUGUUUCAGUCGAAUACGACACAGGAACAAGUGUACAACGCCUGCGCCCAGAAGAUUGUAAAAGAUGUUUUGGAGGGAUACAAUGGAACGAUUUUUGCAUACGGGCAGACAUCAUCUGGAAAAACACACACCAUGGAGGGGAACCUCCAUGACACAGAUGGAAUGGGCAUCAUCCCCCGGAUAGUUCAAGAUAUCUUCAACUACAUCUAUUCCAUGGAUGAAAACUUGGAAUUUCAUAUUAAAGUUUCAUAUUUUGAAAUUUACCUGGACAAGAUCCGGGACCUGUUGGACGUUUCAAAGACCAAUUUGUCAGUCCAUGAAGACAAAAACAAAGUACCGUAUGUCAAGGGCUGCACUGAGAGAUUUGUCUGCAGCCCAGAGGAAGUCAUGGAAACAAUUGAUGAAGGCAAAUCGAACAGACAUGUAGCAGUCACAAACAUGAACGAGCACAGCUCCAGGAGUCACAGCAUCUUCCAGAUAAACGUCAAACAGGAAAACACUCAGACAGAGCACAAGCUCAGCGGCAAACUCUACCUGGUGGAUCUGGCUGGGAGUGAAAAGGUCAGUAAAACCGGAGCCGAGGGAGCUCUGCUGGACGAAGCUAAGAACAUCAACAAGUCUCUGUCGUCUCUGGGAAACGUCAUCUCUGCCCUCGCUGAAGGAACGGCCUACAUCCCCUACCGAGACAGUAAGAUGACCCGUAUCCUGCAGGACUCGCUGGGGGGUAACUGUCGAACCACCAUCGUCAUCUGCUGCUCGCCUUCCUCCUAUAACGAGAGCGAAAGCAAAUCCACCCUCAUGUUCGGACAAAGAGCAAAGACCAUCAAGAACACUGUCACUGUAAACGUGGAGCUGACAGCCGAGCAGUGGAAGCAGAAAUAUGAGAGGGAGAAGGUGAAGAACACGACCCUGAGGAGCACCGUCACCUGGCUGGAGAACGAGCUCAACCGCUGGAGGAAUGGUGAAAGUGUGCCAGUGGAGGAGCAGUUUGACAAGGAGAAGGCCAACGCCGAGGUGAAGGCUCUGGACAACAUAAUCACAGAGAAGGAGGUGUCCACGCCCAACGUGCCGGGUGCCCGCCUCACCGACGUGGAGAAGGACAAGUGUCCGGCUGAGGUGGCCAAGCUCUACAAACAGCUGGACGAUAAGGACGAGGAGAUCAACCAGCAGAGCCAGCUGGCGGAGAAGUUGAAGCAGCAGAUGCUGGACCAGGAUGAGCUUCUAGGCUCUUCCCGCCGAGAUCACGAGAACCUCCAGGCGGAGCUGAACCGUCUGCAGGCGGAGAACGAGGCGUCGAAGGACGAGGUGAAGGAGGUGCUGCAGGCGCUGGAGGAGCUGGCCGUCAACUACGACCAGAAGAGUCAGGAGGUGGAGGACAGGACCAAGGAGUUUGAGGCCAUCAGCGAGGAGCUCAGCCAGAAAUCGUCCGUCCUGUCGUCUCUGGACUCUGAGCUGCAGAAGCUGAAGGAGAUGUCCAACCACCAGAAGAAGAGGGUGACUGAGAUGAUGUCCUCACUGCUCAAAGACCUCGCCGAGAUUGGCAUCGCGGUGGGCAGCAAUGACAUCAAGCAACACGAGGGCAGCGGCCUGAUAGACGAGGAGUUCACUGUGGCCCGUCUCUACAUCAGCAAGAUGAAGACAGAGGUGAAGACCAUGGUGAAGCGCUGCAAGCAGCUGGAGGGAACCCAGUCGGAGAGCAACAAGAAGAUGGACGAGAACGAGAACGAGCUGGCCGCCUGCCAGCUGCGCAUCUCCCAGCACGAGGCUAAGAUCAAGUCCCUGACUGAGUACCUGCAGAACGUGGAGCAGAAGAAGCGGCAGCUGGAGGAGAACGUGGACUCUCUCAACGAGGAACUUGUGAAGAGCAGCGCUCAGGAGAAAGUUCAUGCUAUGGAGAAAGAGAAUGAGAUCCAGACUGCCAAUGAAGUCAAGGAAGCGGUGGAUAAGCAGAUCCACUCCCACCGUGACGCUCAUCAGAAGCAGAUCAGCAGCCUGAGAGACGAGCUGGACCACAAGGAGAAACUCAUCACCGAGCUGCAGGAUCUGAACCAGAAGAUCAUGCUGGAGCAGGAGAGGCUCAGAGUGGACCACGAGAAACUCAAAUCCACCGACCAGGAGAAGAGCCGCAAGCUGCACGAGCUCACGGUGAUGCAGGACAGACGGGAGCAGGCCAGGCAGGACCUGAAGGGUCUGGAGGAGACAGUGGCGUCAGAUGGGCGCCCUCAGAGGAGGUCUCAGGUCCCGGCCUCCCUGGAUGGCUGGGAAACUGACCCCCAUCUGACUCCGAGGGCUUCUCUGUGCCCUGCCAGCAUGUAG